UAUUGGGAGAGCCGGAAGAGAGCUCGCCAAAAGGAAUAUUCCAUCACACCCCGAGGACUGUCAAGAGGUGCAUUCAUUUCACAUCUGAAAUAUAUUUUUGACAGCAGGGAAUUUUCAAAAUGUGGAAGGCAGCAGCAGGUCAGUCAGUCACCGUGGCAGUGGAUGACGGAGGUGACGACUGGGAGACAGACCCAGACUUUGAGAAUGACGUUUCGGAGAAGGAGCAGCGGUGGGGGGCCAAGACAGUGGAAGGCUCCGGUCACCAGGAACACAUUAAUAUCCACAAGCUGCGUGAGAACGUGUCGUCGGAGCACAGUGACCUUAGGCAGAAGGAGCAGGCCGCCAUGCCCAAAGCCUCGGACGGCUAUGGGGGCAAGUUUGGGGUGCAGCAGGACCGCAUGGACAAGUCUGCGGUGGGCCAUGAGUACCAGAGUAAGCUGUCCAAGCACUGCUCUCAGACAGACACAUCCAAAGGCUUCGGGGGGAAGUUUGGAGUGCAGGGCGACCGCGUCGACAAGUCCGCCGUCGGGUUUGACUAUGCCGGGAAGACUGAGAAACACGCGUCGCAGAAAGACUACUCCACAGGGUUUGGGGGGAAAUAUGGGGUGCAGGCAGACCGCGUGGACAAGACGGCAAUGGGCUUUGAAUACCAGGGCAAAACGGAGAAACACGACUCCCAGAAAGAUUACACCAAAGGUUUUGGCGGGAAGUUCGGAGUGGAGACGGACAAGGUGGACAAGAGCGCCAUGGGCUUUGAGUACCAGGGCAAAACAGAGAAGCACGAGUCUCAGAAAGAUUACGUGAAGGGCUUUGGUGGCAAGUUUGGUGUGCAGACGGACAGACAGGACAAGUCAGCCGUGGGAUGGGACCACCAGGAGAAACUGCAGCUCCACGAGUCGCAGAAAGACUAUAAGCGUGGGUUUGGAGGGCAGUAUGGGGUAGAGGUGGAGAAGCAAGACCAAUGUGCCCUGGGUUAUGAGCACAAGGAGAGGCUGGCCAAGCACGAGUCUCAGCAAGACUACUCCCAUGGGUUUGGAGGGAAGUUUGGCAUCCAGAAGGACAGAAUGGAUAAGAGUGCAGGUAACUUUGAGGAUGUGGAGAAACCAAAACCUGCCUACCAGAGGACCAAGCCUGUGGAAACUGCCGGCAGCAGCACGGGCAGCAUCAAGGCCCGCUUCGAGAACAUCGCCAAGCAGAAUGAGGAGGAGGACAAGAAGCGGGCGGAGGAGGAGAGAACCCGCCGCCAGGCCAAGGAGAAGCAGGAGCAAGAGGAGGCGCGGCGCAAGAUAGAGGAGACAGCCAAGGCUAAGCCUGCCUCCCUGGCUUCUGAGACCAUCCCUACCAUUAGCCCUACCCCUUCUGCCCAGCAAGCCUCACCUUCGUGUGCACCUGCAGCCGCCGACCCAGUUUACCAGAGGAAGAAAAAUAAGGACGUUGGUGUGUACGAGGAUCCUGCAGCAGAGGAGAAUGGGGAAGAGCUGUACGAGGCGGAGCCCACCUCCCGGCCCUCUGCCGAGCAGACGUACGAGGAGCCUCCCGCUCAGGAGGAGGCACUCUACCAGGUUCCUGACGAGACAGGAGACUCCCAGACAUAUGAGUACGGUGAGGACUUGGGGUUAACCGCAGUGGCCCUGUAUGACUACCAAGCAGCUGGUGAUGACGAGAUCUCUUUCGAUCCUGAUGACAUCAUCACUAACAUUGAGAUGAUUGACGAGGGCUGGUGGAGGGGUGUGUGCCGGGGUGCCUACGGCCUCUUCCCAGCCAAUUACGUUGAGGUUCGGCAAUGAGGCCGCCCAUUACACCAAACAGGCUCUCUCCCCAUCCCUCCAUCUCUUCUGAUUCCUCUCUUUUUCUCGCGCUCUGUCAUUCUGUUGAUCACGGUGCUUCUUUCAAGUGUGCUCGACAUUCUCAGGUCUUUCAGCUGUCCCUGUCUUUCUUCCUUUCUCUCGCUCCUCUCCUUGGGAGGAGGCUUCAGCCUGAUAAAGGACUCAGAAUAAAAGAAGAUUCACGGACAAACACUCACCCUGCUACGCAAUCGAGAGAGAUAGAGUGAGCGGGUGAGCCCUGCUAUGACAGAAAGGCCUUUCAUGGUAAAGCAAGUCAUCAGAAAAACACUACUCCCAUUAUAAUGGCUCGUUAUAUUCUUGGUUUUCUAUAAGAUGCCAGGCACUCUUGCUGCUUUGCCCCACUUGCACCAUUUAGUUGAUUUACUUAAAAUUGAAAUGUUCCCUCUUUGACAUGUAUUCAAUCUUCCACGGUAUCGAUUGAGACCUGGCUGCUACAGUAUCACUCGCAGUAUAGAUAUUAACAUCACCAAAGACGGAGAUCACAGAGGUGACGUAGAAAUUAACCCCAUGCUUUAUGUGCACAUAGUGACGUUGUGGUCCUCUUUUUAAGAAGGCUUAAAGUAACUUUUAGACCAAGUUUGAAACUAGUAUGAAGACAAAACACUGGAAUUGUAUUAUGUUUUGAUAAAAAAAAUGCCACUUCGAGAAGUGGUUUGACGUUGAUUGGUGUGCUAGCACUUUGGUUCAGUUUGGUAAUAGUACAGACCAGUAGUGAGUUGAUUGGUGUGUAGCUGGUUCGGAGAGAACUCUGAGCUGCGGUGAUUUCUUUCUCUUUUGGAACACUCUUGUUUGCUUUAGUCAGCGGAGAUCAGAUAACACUAAGAAACCGACUAGGGAUGUUUUUGAGGAUGUGUUAUUGACAACAGUAAGUUUGCUUAGGCUUACCCACAUUUUUGGUGUAACGCCUGCAUUUGCUUAAUCAAGGGGCAAAUACGAUCACCGUAGAUGUCGUGAACCUCUGUUGCUGCUUCUAGUCUCCUCCUUUUCUCAUUGUCAUGAAAGAACACACCAGAAAGCAGUAGAAGAAAAUAAAUCAUGUAGUCGUCUUUCUUUUUAAUCACCCGCCCAUAGCCCUGCGGUAGAUCAUGUCAGAUAGGAUGCUGAAAGUAAAUGAUGUACAGAAUUUUUAUGAUGCUCUGAGAAAUAUAUUGAGUAGAAAAAAAUAAUCUGUUUUUCAAACCCCUGCCCUCGCUGCGUGUUCGAUGUAGACAAGACCUGUAUAUUUUGUCACGUGCGUGUCGUCACGCUGCCUGUGACAGGAGUCUGUCACGUGUUCUAUGUCAUGUCUGUAGCGUGUUCAUGUACUGUAUGUGAGACUUGGUAUAUUAUUAUGUCUGGGGCCACAUUGACAUCCGUAUCAAGACCAACAUGUACUGUUGACUGAGUGACUGCAGAGUGAUAUUUAUCUAUAGGCGGCUGGCUAUAAGUACGAAAAUAAUAUUCUGUAACAAUAUUGGGCUAUAAGGGGGAUUUUGACUGUGAUUGUUUCUAAAACGCAGAGUGAUUAUUUUAACCGAUGACAAUCUCACCCCAACGUCACGGCGAUCUAAUGCAGUAGUGUAGCUUCAGUAGGUGAGUGGGGAUGGGAUCUCAUCAAAUAAAUUCUUUGGGGUUUUAUAAUAAUAAAGUGACCUUUUAUAUUUGUUUCUUUUUUUCUGUUCUUCUGCUUGCUCAAGUCACCACAUUACCUGCUUGUUCUUUUGUUUUUUGUAAGUAAAUAGUUUAAAUAAACAAUGUAUGGAUAGUAUUUUG